UCACGUGGCAACUCUUGUGCUGUUUUUGUUCUCUUCUAACCUUCUCUAUAAAUCCCUCCCUCAUCCUCAUCUUCUUCCUUCUCCCCCUUCCUCUCUUCCUCCAUUUCAAAAUAAUCUCCAUCUCCAUGGCUUUGGAAGCAGUGGUUUUUCCACAAGACCUUCCAUUUGCUCACAAUGCCAAAAACAUCACAAAUAACUAUAACUUUGUUGCAGUUGCUGAAGAGGACACUGGAGUACUCAUCAAUGGCAUGCAUGCCAAUUGGGAUCACUCUUCUUCUUCUUGGUCAUCAUCAAUAUUUCCUGAAACUGAAGACUUGCUUCAAGUGUCUUUAUCUCCUGAGACAUCUAUUAAAGAACACCUUCAUCAUCGCCCUGUCAACGGCACUGAACUCACCGGCAAACAAAGAAAAAGGCGUCGUGUUCGUAGUUUCAAGAACAAAGAAGAGGUUGAAAACCAAAGAAUGACUCACAUUGCUGUCGAACGCAACCGCCGGAAACAGAUGAAUGACUACCUCGCCUCCCUUCGCCGUCUCAUGCCGCCUUCCUAUGUCCAAAGAGGAGAUCAAGCAUCGAUAAUCGGAGGAGCGAUAAACUUUGUGAAGCAAUUAGAGCAGCUGCAACAAUCACUUGAAGCUCAGAAGCUGAUCAAACAAAGGUGUAACAAUGGAGAUUUUGAAGGUUCUACUCCAUUUGCUGAUCACUUCACAUUCCCUCAGUACUCAUCAGCAUCUUCUUGUAAUACUGAUGGCACCGGCAACGGCACUACAACGAGUUCGGGGAUUAGUAAUGAAAUAAUAGCUGAGAGACGAUCGGCCAGUGCUGACAUUGAGGUGACCAUGGUUGAAGGACAUGCUAAUAUUAAGAUCCUUGCAAAGAGACGGCCAAAACAACUAGUGAAACUCAUUGUUGGUCUGCAUAAUCUUUGCCUUUCUACUCUUCAUCUUAAUGUCACUGCUGUUGAGCAUUUUGUGUUGUAUUGUUUCAGUCUAAAGGUAGAAGAAGAGUGUCAGUGUGGGACAGUGGAUGAUAUAGCAACUGCAGUUCAUCAUUUGGUUGCGGAGAUUCAAGAACAAGCUGAGCUGGUUUGAAUUGAUGCUAUUUUGAUUGUUUAUGUUGUUGUAUAAGUUUUUUUUUUCUGAUGCUCUGUUGCAAUGAAUCAGAAAAAAAUUGUAUUCAAAUAAG